AUGAGCACAUUAAUGAUCAUCACCAAGAUGGAGCAAACAUCAGGAAAUUUUAGCUUAUAUUUGUCAGUGGUUUUUGCAAAUUUAUUAGCAAUGUCUUGUGGCGUUGCCUAUGGAUGUACCUCCCCUGUGCUUUCAAAAAUGAAUGGAAGGUUAAACCCAAACGGUAUUCAUUUAGAACACCCAGUGACUUCUUCUGAAGAAUCAUGGAUUGUUGGUUUACUGCCGCUAGGUUCCACUUUUGGCCCAAUUUUUGCCGGUAUGGCAGCUGAUAAGUUUGGUCGAAGAAAAACACUGAUGUGUAUCGCUUGUCCCAUCCUAGUAGGGUUCCUUAUUCUAGCGUUUGCUAAAUCCGUUCUUUUAAUUUAUAUUGCAAGACUGAUAAUGGGUGUUGGGAUUGGGAGCGUCUACAUGAUCGUGCCCAUGUAUGUAGUAGAAAUUUCUGAAGAUCACAAUCAUGGGAUGUUGAGUUGUCUAACGGGAGUUUUCAUCACUCUGGGAUUUCUUUAUAGUUACUCAAUUGGUCCGUAUCUAAGCGUUCAAAAUUUUAGUCUCGUAUGUGCCAUUCCUUUAUUAGUUUUUUUACUGGCUUUUUCCAUAUGGAACCCAGAAUCUCUUCAUUAUUUAGCCACCUCCGAUAACCAAAAGCAACUGAAGAUAAGUUUACUGAAACUCAGGAACGAAUCUGUUGAAAAUAUUGAAAAAGAAAUGCUUCAAUUGAACAAGAUGGUGCACGAGUUUAGUCAAAAUAAAGGUGGAUUAAGUGAACUUUUUUCUUCUAAAAGUUUGAGGAAAGCUUUGUUCAUUUCGAUUAUUUUAUUUAUUGUUCAACAGAUGUCGGCUGUAACUGCUGUCCUUUCUUAUGCUCAGUCAAUUUUUGAUGCUACUGGUGCUCUCACUGACAAAUUAGGACGAAAAAUUCUUAUAUUGACGGGUACGUGCGGUUGUAGUGGUUCCUUACUUCUUCUAGGACUGUAUUUGUUUCUUUUAAAUAGCCACUACGACGUCGAUUCUCUUUCAUGGCUGCCAGUCUUCAGUUUAAUUACAUAUAUUAUUUCUUUUAAUUUGGGUUUAUUAAGUGUACCGUGGACUAUCACGGCCGAGUUAUUCCCACCCAAUGUUAAAUCAGUUGCUAUGACAAUAGCAAGUGAUGUUUGUUACAUAGGGGCUUUUCUGACUGGUUUCUGCUUUCCCUAUUUGAAGUUAUAUCUAGGAAUGGCAUUGUCCUUCAGGAUUUUUGCAGCCAUGUGUAUGUUCGCAAGUGUUUUUAUUUUCUUCAUAUUACCAGAAACUAAAGGAAAAAGUGUACAAGAAAUUCAAAAUGUACUGGGAGGUGACCUUUGGUUCAGCGAUUAG